AGGCCCACGUUUUGGCUGCAUCUGUUGAACAAGCAACUGAGAAUUUCUUGGAGAAGGGGGAUAAAAUUGCAAAGGAGAGUCAGUUUCUCAAGGAGGAGCUUGUGGCUGCUGUAGAAGAUGUUCGAAAGCAAGGAGAUUUGAUGAAGAGUGCUGCAGGAGAGUUUGCAGAUGAUCCCUGCUCUUCUGUGAAGCGAGGCAAUAUGGUUCGGGCAGCUCGAGCUUUGCUUUCUGCUGUUACCCGGCUGCUGAUUUUGGCUGAUAUGGCAGAUGUCUACAAACUACUAGUUCAGCUGAAAGUUGUAGAAGAUGGUAUCUUGAAACUGAGGAAUGCUGGCAAUGAACAAGACUUAGGAAUACAGUAUAAAGCCCUGAAACCUGAAGUAGAUAAGCUGAACAUUAUGGCAGCUAAAAGACAACAGGAACUGAAAGAUGUGGGCCAUCGUGAUCAGAUGGCCGCAGCUAGAGGAAUCCUGCAGAAAAAUGUUCCGAUCCUCUAUACUGCAUCCCAGGCAUGCCUACAACAUCCGGAUGUCGCAGCCUAUAAGGCCAACCGGGAUUUGAUAUACAAACAGCUUCAACAGGCAGUCACAGGCAUCUCCAAUGCAGCCCAAUCUACCGCAUCAGAUGAUGCCUCCCAGCAUCAGGGUGGAGGAGGAGGAGAAUUGGCAUAUGCUCUCAAUAACUUUGAUAAACAAAUCAUAGUGGACCCCUUGAGCUUCAGUGAAGAGCGCUUUAGGCCUUCCUUGGAGGAGCGCCUGGAAAGCAUCAUUAGUGGAGCUGCCCUGAUGGCUGACUCCUCCUGCACACGUGAUGACCGUCGUGAGCGGAUUGUGGCAGAAUGCAAUGCUGUCCGCCAGGCCCUGCAGGACCUGCUCUCAGAGUACAUGGGCAAUGCUGGACGUAAAGAAAGAAGUGAUGCACUCAAUUCUGCAAUCGAUAAAAUGACCAAGAAGACCAGGGACUUGCGUAGACAGCUCCGCAAAGCUGUCAUGGACCACGUUUCAGAUUCUUUCCUGGAAACCAACGUUCCACUUUUAGUAUUGAUUGAAGCUGCAAAGAAUGGAAAUGAGAAAGAAGUUAAGGAGUAUGCCCAAGUUUUUCGUGAACAUGCCAACAAAUUGAUUGAGGUUGCCAACUUGGCCUGUUCCAUCUCAAACAAUGAAGAAGGAGUAAAGCUUGUUCGAAUGUCUGCAAGCCAGUUAGAAGCCCUCUGUCCUCAGGUUAUUAAUGCUGCAUUGGCUUUAGCAGCAAAACCACAGAGUAAACUGGCCCAAGAGAACAUGGAUCUUUUUAAAGAACAGUGGGAAAAACAAGUCCGUGUUCUCACAGAUGCUGUUGAUGACAUUACUUCCAUUGAUGACUUCUUGGCUGUUUCAGAGAAUCACAUUUUGGAAGAUGUGAACAAAUGUGUCAUUGCUCUCCAAGAGAAAGAUGUGGAUGGUCUGGACCGCACAGCUGGUGCAAUUCGAGGUCGGGCAGCCCGGGUCAUUCAUGUAGUCACCUCAGAGAUGGACAACUAUGAGCCAGGAGUCUACACAGAGAAAGUUCUGGAAGCCACCAAGCUGCUCUCCAAUACAGUCAUGCCUCGUUUCACAGAGCAAGUGGAAGCAGCUGUAGAAGCCCUCAGCUCAGACCCUGCUCAGCCCAUGGAUGAGAAUGAGUUUAUUGAUGCCUCUCGCCUGGUUUAUGAUGGUAUCCGGGAUAUCAGGAAAGCAGUACUGAUGAUAAGGACCCCUGAGGAGUUGGAUGACUCUGACUUUGAGACAGAAGAUUUUGAUGUCAGAAGCAGGACGAGCGUCCAGACAGAAGAUGACCAGCUGAUAGCUGGCCAAAGUGCACGGGCAAUCAUGGCUCAGCUUCCCCAGGAGCAAAAAGCAAAGAUUGCGGAACAGGUGGCCAGUUUCCAGGAAGAAAAAAGUAAGCUGGAUGCAGAAGUGUCUAAAUGGGAUGACAGUGGCAACGACAUCAUCGUGCUGGCCAAGCAGAUGUGUAUGAUUAUGAUGGAGAUGACUGACUUUACCCGAGGUAAAGGACCACUCAAAAAUACAUCAGAUGUGAUUAGUGCUGCCAAGAAAAUUGCUGAGGCAGGAUCCAGGAUGGAUAAACUUGGCCGAACCAUCGCAGAUCACUGUCCAGACUCAGCCUGCAAGCAGGACCUGCUGGCCUACCUGCAACGCAUUGCCCUCUACUGCCACCAGCUCAACAUCUGCAGCAAAGUCAAGGCUGAGGUCCAGAACCUUGGUGGAGAGCUUGUUGUCUCUGGGGUGGACAGUGCCAUGUCCCUGAUCCAGGCAGCCAAGAACUUGAUGAAUGCUGUGGUGCAGACAGUGAAGGCAUCCUAUGUAGCCUCUACGAAAUACCAAAAGUCCCAGGGCAUGGCUUCCCUCAACCUUCCUGCUGUGUCCUGGAAGAUGAAGGCACCUGAGAAGAAGCCCUUGGUGAAGAGAGAGAAGCAGGAUGAGACACAGACCAAGAUUAAGCGGGCAUCUCAGAAGAAGCAUGUGAACCCUGUGCAGGCCCUCAGUGAGUUCAAAGCCAUGGACAGCAUCUAAUUCUGCCUUAACCACCUGCCCCCACCCUCGGGGGCUCUUAAAGAUCAAUCACUGUUCUUCACUCAAGUAUACUUGCUAAGUAGAGAACACUUACAUAGGAAGAUUUUGAAACCAGCCAGGUGGUGAAUUUUGCCAGGAUAUGUUUAAAUUGGUCAAAAAAUGCUUUCAGAUUCAGGAGCAUAUUUCUAGCUGUAUUUUUAUAAGCUUAAAUAAAAAUUCCAUAACCAAAGCAAAUCCCACAUUAACUUGUUAGUAAUACUCAAUCAGAUUGGAAUACCCAUUCUCUCAGCAAAGAGAGUGGACUCAACUGUGGAGGAGGAAUGUCCCAGAAAGGUCUUGCAAGGGAUAAAAACAUAUCAUGAAAAACAAAACACAAAAAAAAUCGAUUAUUUUUUAUGAAAUAAGAAUUAUAAUGCAUGGCUACAAUUACUAAUGCACUCUGCUGCAGAAUAUUAAUGUUGCUUUUUUCAGGCUGGGAUGUUGGGAUGCCGUAAUUUGAACAUGCUUUUUUCUCCCCAGCUGCAUAGGCAAAGUCAUCAUUGGGCUCACUUCUAAUAAUUGCAGUGUUUCCUGCCUUAGGCUUGCAAUAGAAGCCUGACAGAAUGAAUAGUGUUUGCUUAGGCCAUAAUUUAGAUUUUACCUUAUUUGUGAUUACUACAUUGAUUACUAUAGCUACAAGGUAUACUUUUACUGUCUUAUUUAAAUUUUAUUAAUUUGAAUGUUUUUUACACUAGCUUUUCCCAAUAAAGUCCACUAUGAAACCAAAUAUAAGAGGCUGAAGUCACUGUAUCUGCUUUCAGGAAGCGUCUUGGGGACUGGGUUGCAGCUCAGUGGUGCAGCACUUGCCUAGGGUGUGAGAAACCCUGUAUCAGUCACCAGAACCACAAUACUCUUGGACUUGUCACAGCAUCUGCGCCCUCCCCAUCUUCUCCCAGGAYAGUUGCUCAGUGAGGGACACUAUGCCCAUAGUUUUAGGGAGGGCCAUAUUGCCUCAUAGGCUCAUGACAGGCCACAGUCUUGUCCCGUUGAAUAUCCCAACCUGUACCUCCAUCUUGGGAACUCACAUGAACAUUCUUCAAGGUUCACAUCAAGACCUUGGAGGCACAAUUGAUUCUUCCUUUCUUUUCUUAACAUUCAACCAUGCCAUGAAAAUAAGUGCCUUAGAACUAAAAACUCACCUUAGCUCCCUGUCUCUUCCCAAUAACCAUACCCUUCUUWGUCAAAACUCCUUAAAGAAAUGGCUGUCACUGUCACCUUUAUGUAAGUUCUGUCACUUCAGUCAGCUGUCAUCUUGCCUGCUCUAGCAUCAUCCCUCUUGCUUCUACACUGCCACACUGGCUUUUUCUUCCACGAUCCCACUGACCACACCCAAGGAAUGGUCAGGGGGACCAGUCCUUGCGCAAAGCACUUCCAUUUCCAGAUGCCUCCCCCAGGUUUUCUGUCUUCACCAACAGCUUUUCUGUGUUGAAGGACGUGUCUGUACCUGGGCCUCUUCCUUUCACUGUCUAUGCUCACUCUUCUAAUUCAGCCUCUAUUUCUAUCUUUUAAACUGUCACUUGGAUGCCUAAUAACAUCUCAAGCUUGAUCCGUCUGGACCACACUGCCAUCACUGCCCUCUACCAUUCAUGCCCAAAGCCCUUCUUGCUAUUUUCCCCACCUCACUAGCUGGCACUACUAGUCACCUCAUUUCUCUGGCCAAAUAUCAAAAAAGCAAAACAAUCUCUUUAAAAUAUAAGAUCUUCCUACUUUUCCUACACCACCUCUGUUUACAUUCCGGGUCAUGCAAUCAGUUAUUGCUGUUUAACAGAUUUGCAAAACUCAGCAGCUAAAACAAAUAGUUAUUACCGCACAGUUUAUGAAGGUCAAGAACCCGGGAGCAACUUGGCUGGGUGGUCAAGGUUCAGGGUCUCAUGACCAUGACACGGCAGUCAGGACAUCAGUUGAGGCUAUGGUGUCAGCUUGACUGUGGGGCGGAGGGGCAGGGUAUCUACUUUCAAGCUAGUUGAUGCUGCUGUUGGCAGAGGCCUCAGAUCCUUGCCUUGUGGGACCUUCCAAAGAACAGCUCACAACAUGGCAGCUGGCUUCCCCUAAAGUGAAUGAUCUGAGAGCAGCAGCAGCCAGAUGGAAGCCACAGUGUUCUUUUAAAACCCGAUCUGGAAAAUGAUUCCCCAUCACUGCUGCUACAUUGUUGGUCACAGACCUAUGCUGGUGCGACCAGGAGGGGGGCUGUCAGCCAGCCAGCAGCAGCCUCCCUGACCCAGCUUCCCGCAGCAGCCUGUAGCCCAUGUGAGAGAAGCCAGUUCACGUCUCCCCCUGAGCCCAAACUUUGCAUUGAUUUUCGGACCCUCAGUAAAGGUCAAGGUCUUCAGUAAUGGCUAUGGCUCUGCACCCUCUGGCCUUUUCUAACCAUUCUUCAUCAUUCUCUUUCUGUCCCUGGUCUCCCUGACAUUCCUUCAACAUGCCAAGUGUGUCCUGCCUCAACCUGUGUACAUGAGGUCCCCAGCCCGGAAAAUACUUCCCAAGGGAGCCCUGUGAAUUCUCUAGCAUUUCCUUCAACUGUCUCAUCAAAAGUCACCUUAUUAGAAGGACUGCCAUCCUUAUAGUGUCCUCUCUUCAUGGCUUUGAACUCUACGUAUCCAUUUGUUUCUGUUGUGUACUCUUUGUGGGCAGCAAAUCUUUAUUUUGUUCACCACAGAAUCACCAAGGUCCAGCAUACUUCCCACACAUGGAAAGCACUAGAGAAAUAGUUGCUCCACGUUCUGUGGCUACUUUACCAGCAGCCUCCCUUUACCUGGCCCCUGCUGACACUCAGGGAU